GGCUCACCUCACGGACGAGCUCUCUUCUCUUUCCUCCUUCACCCACCACUCUCUCUCUCUCAAUCCCAAUCUUCUCUGUCUCACUCGCCUGCGAUCGAGCUUUUCUCGUCUCUUCUAAUGGCGUCCGUUCUUGAAUCUGGCUGGCUGUACCUGAUCACUCAUUUCAGUGAUUUUCAACUGGCUUCUCUGGGAAGUUUCUUUCUUCACGAAAGUGUCUUUUUCUUGUCGGGACUUCCUUUCAUAUUUCUUGAAAGGGCAGGAUAUUUGAGCAAGUACAAGAUUCAGUCCAAAAAUAACACCCCCGCUGCUCAGGAGAAAUGUAUUGUGCGCCUUUUGUUGUAUCAUUUCUGUGUGAACUUGCCGCUUAUGAUUUUGUCCUAUCCUGUCUUCAGAUACAUGGGCAUGCGAAGUACUCUACCAUUGCCGUCCUGGAAAGUAGUUUUGCUGCAAAUACUAUUCUACUUCAUUAUCGAGGAUUUUGUGUUCUACUGGGGCCACAGGAUUCUGCAUACAAAAUGGUUGUACAAGUGUGUCCACAGUGUUCAUCAUGAAUAUGCUACUCCAUUUGGACUGACUUCUGAAUAUGCUCACCCUGCUGAGAUAUUGUUCCUUGGCUUUGCUACCAUUGUUGGUCCUGCUAUAACUGGUCCUCAUCUGCUGACUCUGUGGUUAUGGAUGGUAUUAAGGGUCUUGGAGACGGUUGAGGCACAUUGUGGGUAUCAUUUCCCAUGGUGCCUCUCAAAUUUGUUUCCUUUGUAUGGGGGUGCUGAUUUUCAUGACUAUCAUCAUCGUUUACUUUAUACCAAGUCCGGUAACUACUCAUCAACUUUUGUUUACAUGGACUGGAUAUUUGGUACAGACAAGGGUUACAGAAAAUUAAAGGCAAUCAAGAGUAGUGGAGCUGAAGCUGGCGAUAAGCAAAUGUAGCAAAGAGAUUCUUGACUGGUUUGAUGUCAGAGAAUUGGUUUUCAGGGUAAGGGCAUCUCAAAUGUGUUUCCUUCACCUAUCAUGCUCAAUAUUUGCUUUUCUGUUGGUAGAAGGCAGGUUGUAAUUUUAGGUGAGCUACAAUGUGAAAUCUUAAGAAGAAUUUGUUGUCGAUAUGUUGUGAUCACUCGCUCCUGCCCAUGGCAUGAAUGGAAGCAUUUUUCUGAAUCAAGUUCAUCAGGACAUUCCAUGAACUGAAAUGUAGAAAUUUGUCGAGGUCUUUAAUGGAAAUAAAAGUUUAAUUAGGUCA